AUGGCCUCCGGGAACAGCUCUCAUGGCUGCAUAGCUGACCCGGGCGGGCGCGUCCUGUCCCAGGUUACCAGGGUCUCCAUCUGCUUCAUCUUGGCUCUGGGGCUGCCGCUCAACGGCCUCGGGCUCUGGGUUUUCUGCUGCCGCCUGCGCAGGUGGACGGAGACCCGCGUCUACAUGGCCAACCUGGUGGCGGCCGACUUCCUGCUGCUGCUGAGCCUGCCCGGAGUCCUGCACACGCUGGGCCAGGAGCAGGGGAACCAGGAGGGCCCUCUGUGCAGGGUUCUGCAGAGCUUCUACUAUGUCAACACCUACAUGAGCAUGUGCCUCAUCACGGCCAUCGCCGUUGACCGCUACACCGCCCUGAGCUUUCCCCUGCGGGCCCGGGCCUGGCGCAGCCCCCGCCAGGCCGCCCUCACCUGCCUGGCCCUCUGGCUGCUGGUCUUUGGGACUGUGGCCCUGGCAGCGUCCUUGCUCCCCGCAGACGAGAACUUCUGCUUUGGGCAGGGACAUAACCGGGGCACCAAGACCCUUGCCUUCUUCCUGCUGUUCUUCUUCCUCUCACUGCUCAUCCUCAGCUUCUGCUCGGGGCAGGUGCUCUGGCGUCUGUUCCGCCAACACACGCGGGCACCGCCCCAGGAGGCUGGCCGCAUCCUCAAAGCCCGCCGUGUAGUGGCCACCAACCUGGCCACCUUCGUGUUCUGUUUCCUCCCACUGCAUGUGGCCUUGAUGGCCAAGCUUGUGGCCAAGUGGACAAGUGCAGCCUGCCCCACCGUCCAGAGCGUCACUGACUUCGUCCAGGUGGCCGCCCGCAUGGCCAACGCCAACUGCUGCCUGGAUGCAAUCAGCUACUAUUUUGUGGCCACAGAAUUCCAGGAAGAGCGAGCACCCCCUCCCCCAACCCCAGCCCUCAAGCUCCAGGAUGCAGGGUGA